AUGCCACCGAAGAGCAACGAAGAUUACGUGCCACCAAAGGACAAGGCUGAAGCCUUGGCCGAAGAGUACGAAAGUGCGCACCACGACCGCGCGGGAUCUAACAAAUCGGCCCCGAGUCACCAAAGCAAACCCAAGUCUGUGCGUUGA